UACAUUUAAAUUAAUUAUAAUAUCUGUUAUGCAUAUCAGUUGAGCUAUAUUGGAGGAGCCACCGAGGAAGUGGAGACUGAAUCCAAAAUGCGACCACCACCACCACCGUCUCUGCACUCCAAUUUCUUCUCCUCUCUUAAGCAGGUGGAGAAAAGAUUGAAGCUCGAGAGCCCAACAAAACCCUCCAGUUUCUCUCCUCCACCAGGACCACCACCAAACAUCAAAACUAACUAUACAUCAACAGAGUCUCUAAGCACACCGAUAUAUCUCCAAGAGGAAUCUAAUAGUAACAGCUCAACAACUCCUCAAGAAAGCAGUGAGGCCCCACUAGCAUUCCUCUCAUCGUCUCCCUCACAAUUCUUGCCAAACCCACCUGAAGAAGAACAGUCCAGAAGCAUCCAUGAAGAUGGUGUUGAUGAUAUUCAACUAUUGAUGCAGGUUUUGGGUUUGUCAGAUAUUAGAAAAAGAAACAAGGGACAACAAGUAGAAGGGAACGAGUGCUGUGAAUGUGAGGGUGGGUUUUAUGAGAAGAUUGUUGGGGUUAAGGGGCCUAAGUGUAAAAUUGAGAUGGACAGAUUGGAGAGAUGGAUCGACUACUUUUUACACAAUAGUGAAUGCGGUGCAGAGGGGAGAAUGGAGCCAUUGAGAUUGGCAUUUUUGCUUUUGGGUAGGGCUACUUUUGAAUUAGAUACUGGCUUGGACUUCCCUUCAACUAUUGAGGACUUUCUCAAGUAUGAUCCACCAAGAGAAUGACAUUUUGAGGCUUUGCAUCUUGUAUUGUUUAUACUCUUUUAUCUUUAAAUUUGUUAGAAUUAUGUUACAUAUGCUUUGUUAAAUAUGGCUUCAAUAAGAGAAUCUUCUAUUUCCUGAUAAAAAAAAGGUAAAAAAUUUUAGCUAUA